CAGCAUCUUGUACUUGUGGCUCGACUUGUGGUGCAACUUGUGGUGACUUUGUCAUCUUGAGCUCUUUAGUGGCUGCAGAAGUCAGAUUUUGUAACUAUUUUAAACUCCAUUUUAAAGCAGCUAGAUCUAGCUUGCCUGGCUCUACCCCAUUAAAGAUGGAAGUCUAUGAAGUCAACAAGCACAAAGAAAAUGAUUACGACGUUCCAAUGCAAGAUCUAAGCAAGGAAGAUGACAACCAGGGCUAUUUCAAUAGCAAUUACAAUUACAAAUAUCAGCAUGCAGGCUCUUUCGUCGAAAGUAAAUCUGGAAGAGUCCUUUUGGUAAUUAUUAUCGUCAUCAUUCUACUUUCAUUUGGUAUCCUCAUGGGCUUAGCCAUAGCAACAUUGUAUGAAAUUGGUAAAGUUCAGUCCUGCGAUAGCAUGAAUGGGGCAGUUUUGGGAGCUGUGAGUAGUACAACCAGCAACAAUAAUAAUAAUGAUAACGAUAAUCAUAAUGAUAAUAAUCCGAUUUGUAGUUGCAGUGAGCUUGUGUAUGAAAUGCGUUUCAUGCAAGGUCAGCUUAACCAAGUGCUUAAUAAGACAGUGGCCUGCGCUGUAGAUGAUAACAGUGAGAUCUUAAAUGCAACUGAAACGCUUCUGAAAGCAACCGGAGAUUCUGCACAAAAGCUCAUUAACAUUGUCAAUACUCUCUCUAAUCUACAAGACACCAGUACCUCUACUGCUGGAGUGGCUAGUGACAUAUUACUAGUAGCAAAGCAGCUGUUAGUACUACACAAUGACUCAACUGCUUUACCUACCUCUUGUAAGCAAGUUAAGCAAGAGCAACCAAAUAGUCCAUCAGGUACUUAUAUACUCUCUACUGCUAGUGGAGAUGGAACAUAUGAAACUUACUGCAAUAUGGGGGAGCUGUGUGGUUCAGGAGGAGGAUGGACAAGACUAGCAUAUCUGGAUAUGACUGAUGCUACAGAAAAUUGUCCUUCAGCUUUGAGGCUCUAUCAAUCGGGUGGGGUUAGGUGCUGUGGUAGACCUGUCUCUGGUAUUGGUAGCUGUGCAUCAGUUCAGUUCCCAUCUAAUGGUAUCAGUUAUUCUCAGAUAUGUGGUAGAGUAACAGGAUAUCAGUUUGCAUCAACUGAUGCUACAGUCACUGGUAAUUUGAACUCUAACUACGUUGAUGGUGUUAGUAUCACUCGUGGGUCUCCUCGUAAACACGUCUGGACACUGAUAUCAGGCUGGAGCGAUACUCAUAAUGUCAAUCCAUGCCGAUGCAACCAGCAGCCUCAAGCUUUCAUUGGAAAUAAUUAUUUCUGUGAGUCUGGUAAUCCAACUUCCAAUACAGGCCAGACACUCUUUGUGAAUGAUCCACUCUGGGAUGGUCAAGGUUGUGGUUCUCUUGAACUUACUUGCUGCUCUGCUCCAGGGCUACCAUGGUUUCACAGAGACUAUGGUAGCACUACCACUACUGACUAUAUUGAGUUGAGGGUCUGUGGAGAUGAAUCUACUGCUAACGAAGAUGUUACUGUUGGUUUGUAUGAGAUUUAUGUUCAGUGAAACUUUAAAUUUGCUAAUUUUUUUUUGCUGAAUAUCCAGGUAUUAUAACUAAUACAUAAUUUGCUAACAUUUUUGUAUAUUUUUAUUUGUUGAAAACAAAUGCUGUUUAUUAUUACAAAGUAAAUAUUAACAGCUUAUGCAUAGUUUGAUACGCCAA